AUGCCGCACGCAGCGCCUUCCCGGGUGCCCCCGACGGCGACUUCAGACCUCGAAGCCGGCGCGGUGCUGAAACUGGGCGAAUUUCAAAACGAGGUCACGCUCAACCUCUCCGAAGCGCGAAUCAUUCUCCAAAAGACCCUGACCACACGGGCCGCCCGAGGCGGAGGCUACGAAGAGACGGAGACGACGGCAAAGACGCGUGACUAUCUCGAGAUUUUCGCCGUGUUCAAAGAUCUCGCGGAGGCGCAACAGGUCGAAGGGAUCAUCAAUUCGUACGGCGAAAACCUUGAUCGGUUCGAAAAGAGUCAACUCGGAAGUCUCGUCCCGACGUGCUCGGACGAAGCCAAAGCCUUGGUCCCCAGUCUCGAGAGGAAGGUCGAGGAGGGUAUCGUCAGCGAAGAGGAGUUGGAGGGUAUCUGCCGAGAAUUGCAGCGGUUGAAGAGACAGGCGCAACUGUGA